UUGAACGCUCGAGAGAAAGAGAGCUCGAUUGAGUGCGAGGAGACAAGGAUAUUCAACUUUCAAGCAGAAAUUUUCUAGGUUUUUCAUCUCGAUCUUCAAUUUCAAGAUGCAAAAGUUAGGGUUUCCAAUCAUGAAGAGCUUCGAUCAGUUCAAAUCGCUAUCAGGAUCCAUAUCGGGAUCAGCGAAAAACCUUUCAUUUUCUUCACGGCCAUCUUCGGACUCCAUUUCAUCAGGGAGUUUCGUCAAUUUGAAGCUCACUGCAGAAAAGUUGAUCAAAGACCAAGCUUCCGUUAAAACUGACCUGGAAAUAGCGAACUCGAAGCUGAAGAAAUCGAUGGAGCUUAUUAGUGCGUUAGAGGAAAAGUUGCAAAAUGCCUUAAAUGAAAAUGCUAAGCUUAAAGUAAAGCAAAAGGAGGAUGAGAAGCUAUGGAAAGGAUUGGAAUCCAAGUUCUCUUCAACUAAGACUCUGUGUGAUCAACUGACUGAAACUUUACAGCUCUUAGCUUGUCAGGUUCAUGAUGCUGAAAAAGAUAAGGAGUUUUUUGAAAGCAAACUAUCAGCAAGCUCAACUGCCAUUGAUGAUUUGAACCAACGGCUGAAUGGAUUGUCUCUGAAGUUAGACUCUGCAGAGGAAACCAUUAGAACUCAUGAGCAGGAACUGGAAGAGCUUAAAAUUGAAAAAGAGGAAAGAAAUAAGAUCUACACAGAGGAACAGCACAGAAUUGCUUACCUCAUAGAUGAAAAAGAUGCUAUGCUAAAGCAAUUUGAGGCAGCAGUGGCAGCUAAUAAAUUGACAACAGAGAGCUUGAAUUCUAAACUAGAAGAAAUGCACCUUGAGUUGGGACAGAAGAAAGAUGAAAUCAAACAUUUGAUUAUUACUCAGGACAACUUGGAGAAAGAAAAGAGUGACCUCCAAUUUAGCAGAAAUGACUUUGCUACUAAAUUGGCUGUCUCACUUCAGGAUAUAAAAAAUUUGCAAGGUUUUUUUCAUAUAUUGGCUGAACAAUUGGUUGAACUGGACAAACAAGAAUUUUCUUUCAUCAAGAAGUUUGAUCAGCUAAACUCUCUAUGUGACACUUGCUUUAAGUUGGUCCAACAGGAGAGAGACCUUUCUGCUAAGCAUGCUAAAAAACGGUAUGAUCGGCUGCAUGAUAAGUUCUUGUGCGUUAAGUCAGAAAAAGAUGCACUGCUAUUGGUUAACCAGGAGUUGAACGAUAAGAUCAUUGAACUUCAGAAAGCCCAAGAGCAUAUUAUGGCACAACUUUCUGAGGAAUGCCGUUUAGCAGGAGAGAGAAUUCAAAGAUUAGAGUCUGAAGCUAAAACACUGCUGUCCGAGAAAAAUGAAACAGAGAUGUUGGUUUCCGAAUUUGAGGAGACAAUUGAAGCUUUAUCAGAAAGUUCUAGGUCAUCUGAGAAUAAAAUGCAAGAUUUGUUAUUGAAAAUUUCAACAUUGGAAAUAGAAAACAAAGAUAUUGCUGAGAAAUUAAAUGCAGAAGUAAGGAAGAAAGCAGAAGAUGUAGGUACUUGGCAAAAGCAGAGUGAGAAACAAGAGCAACAUGUAGAUUCACUGGAGAAGCAAGUUGCUCAGCUACAUAGCAUCUUAGAGGAGAAGGAGCAACUACUUCUGCAAUACAAGGAUGGAGUAAAGAAGUUGGAAGAUCAAAUCACUGAGAGUCAGGCAUCUUUGUCGGCUGCUGAAAGCAAGCUUGCUGAAGCAAAGAGUCAAUAUGAUUUGAUGCUAGAGUGCAAACAACUGGAACUGUCAAGGCAUUUGAAAGAAAUAUCUCAGAGGAAUGAUCAGGCAGUUAAUGACAUCAGGAAGAAAUAUGAGUUCGAGAAGCUAGAGAUCAUUAAAAUGGAAAAAGAGAAGGCAGACCAAAUUGUGCUGGAAACGGAAAGAAAAUGUGAUCAGAAACUUGCAGAAUGCAAGGAAGAGUCAAGGCAGCAGUUGGUGUGCAUUCAGGAGGAGCAUGCUGCUCUGGUCUUGCGCAUCAAGCAGGAGCACGAUAGGAAGGAAAUGAGUUUGAAAGCUGAUCAUAUUGAAGAGCUAAAGCGUGCCCAACUUCAAGCUGAAAAUGAAUUGAGAGAGAAAACAAUGCAACUCAGAAAUGAACAUGAAGUUCAGAUGAAAGCUCAGAGGUGUCAGAAUGAAGAUGAGUGCAGGAGGCUGCAAGAAGAAUUGGAUCUUCAGAAAUCCAAGGAAGAAAGGCAAAAGGCCUUGCUGCAGUUGCAGUGGAAAGUGAUGAGUGAUAAGCCACAAGAUGACCAGGAAGUGACUUCAAAAAAGAAUUACUCCAUUUCGUCAAUCAAGAUGAUAGACCCUGGUGGUGGAAAAAGAAGUCAACGUGUGCCGGAUUUGCCUUUCCUGGAGGAAACACAAACACCAGUGUCAAAAAUAUUGAAGAGAGCAGAGAAUGCUAACACAGGAAGUGUAAGGAGCAUUCCUAAGCAUCACAAGAAGGUAACUCACCAUGAAUAUGAAGUUGAAACUACUAAUGGAAGAACAAUUACAAAACGAAAAAAGACAAAAAGUACAGUCAUGUUUGAGGACCCGAGGAAACAUAAGAAGAUGAAUACACCAAGGACCAGAACUCCAAGAAGUGUUGUUAAGGAAAUUAAGGGAGCAGGUCGUUCAAAUCCUUCAAACAUUGGCGAUCUGUUUUCAGAAGGGUCACUGAAUCCAUAUGCAGAUGAUCCUUAUGCAUUUGACUAGAGAGAUGCUUUGAAGAUUUUGAAUUUGAAGUAACAAAUGGAUCCAUACAUGAAGAGAUCAGUCUUGCAGCAUAUUGUUGUUCGGUUCCUUCAGGUCAGAAAAGUACAGCUUUCUUCUGAAUUUUGCUGUUGAGAGUAAGGCUCGCCUGCUUACUGUCCGCCUAGGAGACCCUCCAAAACUGCCUAAUUCGUGCGACAAUCAUGCGAGAGGAAAUAUUUGAGGUUUGUUGCUGUUUUCCAGCACAGCUUCUGUCCAAUAAUAUUAUCUCUGCUGGGGUAGGACAUAUAUCAGACUGCUUGUAAAUAAACGUUUUAUUUUGGAGAAUAUGACGCUAUAUUUGCUUUAAUGACAAAGGAGGAAAUACGUAUGGCUGAAGCAGUGAACUCUAUUUCUCCAUCUCAUCUAUGUGAUUUAAUUA